AGGUGUUUUUGAGCGCUGGCUGUCCUGAGCUUCUCGCUGGGGGCCCUGCAGCAAACGCUGCGCUCUCCUUCGCCACAACCUGGUGUCUUGUAGAUUGGCUUUACUGUGCGUGAAGACGAGCAGAGUCUGGUUCCGUCAUAAGAUGGCAUCAAACGAUCUGGGUUUGCAUUUUGCCUCCAUCUCGUCCCAGCUCGGUGAACUUCCUAGCUUGUGCCUCAGUUUACACAUUUGUAACUUGGACCUUCAACCAGUUACUGGGAGGAUUAACUGAAUCAAUCAAUGCAGCUGGUUUCCGGUUGUGCUUCCAGAUCUUUCUAAGUGACCGCUCCGAUCAUAUCGCUCCCUGCAUAGCCUCUCAGAAGCCUUCCACUGCCCAAGCCCCCAGCAGGAGGGGCACAGGCCUUCAGGACCUGGACUGAGACCUCCUCAUCCUUGUCCUUUGCCCUUCUCCUCUCUAGAACCUGGCGCUGCUGUACAGGUCAUCUGGAACUCUCAAAAUGUUUGCCAAAGCAACAAAGAAUUUUCUUAGGGAAGUUGAUACAGGAGGUAACUUGACUGCAGUGUCAAACUUGAAUGACUCUGAUAAAUUACAACUUCUAAGCCUGGUGACCAAGAAAAGGAGAUUCUGGUGCUGGCAGAAACCCAAGUACCAGUUUUUAUCUGUCACCCUUGGAGACGUACUCACAGAAGACCAGAUUCUGAGUCCAGUGGUCGUGGAGUCGGACUUUGUGAAGUACGAGGGCAGGUUUGAAAACCAUACGCGUGGGGCCCUCAAGACGGCGCUGGGCAAGGCCAAGCUGACCCUUGGAGGCAAAGGCUUCGUGGAGAGUCAGUCGUCGUUUGGAACCCUGAGGAAGCAGGAGGUGGACCUGCAGCAGCUCAUCAGGGAUGCCCAGGGGAGAACAAUCGAUCUGAAGAAUCCUGUGCUGCAGCAGGUGCUGGAGAGGAAGAAUGAGGUCCUGUGUGUCCUGACACAGAAGAUCGUGACGACGCAGCAGUGUGUGAUCUCCGAGCACGUCCAGAUGGAGAAGUGCGGCGUGGUGGGGAUCCAGCUCAAGACUGUGCAGGUGUCAGUGAUGGACCGCGGGAACAUCAGCAAGGGCAGCAACGUGGUGCUGGAGAUCCCGGCGCCCACCACCCUGGCCUACGGCGUCAUCGAGCUGUACCUGAGAGUGGACGGCCAGUUCGAAUUCUGCCUCCUCCAAGAGAAACACGGCGGCUUCCAGCAGACAAGGGAGAGCAGCUGUGCCUCGCUGGAGCCCCUGCCCCUCCUAGAGCUUGGGUUCUGGGACAUGACAGAUGCUUUGCAGGGGGCGUCCGUCGUGGAUGAGCCACUGGGUGUUCUGAAACAAGUCACGUGGCUCUUGAAGAGGAACGUCCAUCCCUUUGCGGAGCUGCCGGAGCCGCAACAGACAGCUCUGAACGAUGUGCUCCAGGAGGUCCUGUUUGAUGAGGAGAUGCUCGUGGUCCUGGAACAAGUGUGUGACAGUGUGGCCAGCAGCAGACUGUUGCCCCCUCUGGCCGGGCUGGGGGAGCUGAAGCCUUCACAGCAGCAGCAGCUCAUGGCCUUCCUGCAGCUGGCGGGGUGCAGCGUGCAGGGUGGGGUUCCGGACCCAGAGGAUGUGGUCAGCAACCGGAAACUCUUUUCUACGGCCUACCUCUUGGUCAGUGCACUAGCAGAAAUGCCAGAUAAUGCAGCAGUUCUGCUGGGCACUUGCUGUAAGCUCCAGAUUAUUCCUACACUGUGCCACCUGCUCUAUGCUCUGUCUGAUGAAGGCAUGUCGGAUCUUGAAGACCCAAUGCUGGCUCCUUUGAAAGACGCGGAGACCCUUGAGAUCGUGCAGCAUCUGUUCGCCUUAGCUGACAUUAACCUGGAAAUGCUGCAGUCAUCUGUGCAAGCUACUGCAAGCAAGGACCCUGCAGUUCUCCCACUGAUUCUUUAUAUAAGCCUGAAUGGACUCUGUGCUCUAGGAAGAGCACAUUAAUAGCAAUAUAUGUGGAUUACAGGUACAGGCACACCUUGUUUUAUUGUGCCCUCACCGAUAGUGUUUUUUUUUUUUUUUUUUUUUAACAGAUUGAAAGUCGGUGGCAACCCUAUGGUCGAGCAAGUCUAUUGGCACCAUUUUUCCAAUAGCAUUUGCUCACUUUGGGUCUCUAUCACAUUUUGGUAAUUCUCACAAUAUUUCAAACUUUUUAAUCAUUAUUAUAUUUGUUAUGGGGACCUGUGAUAUUCAGUGUUACUACUGCAAAAAGAUUACAACAUGCUGAAGACUCAGAUGAUAAUUAGCAUUUUUUAGCAAUGAAGUAUUUUAAGGUAUAUACAUAUAUAUGUGUAAUGCUACUGCACACUUUAAACAGACAAGGUAGUAUAAACAUAACUUUUACCUGCACUGGGAAACGAGCACAUUUGUGUGACUUGCUUUAUUGCAGUGGUCUUGAAGUGAACUUGUAGUAUCUCUGAGGUUUGCCUGUAUGUGACAUCAGCCAAGGCUGGCUAUUUUUCAGCAUCUUCAAGAUACUACCUUUGGGACUUAGGGUCACCACGUUAAGACAUUGAUCAAGGACGUUAAUUUACAGAACAGUUUUACAAAGUGGUGACUUUUUGCAUUAUGAUUGGCUUGAGUGUGGCCAUCAGCUCCUCUGUGAACAGGAUCUUUUCCAUAGCAGGCCCUCCUGUGCUGGUGACUCAGUGGCCAAGCUAGACCCCAGCUCCAGAGAAGCUACAGGCAGGUUGAGACUUCCAAGCUACUACUAUACAGGCAGACCUUUUCUCUGCUGAAAAGCGGGUCUAUCUGUCACUUUCUUCUAUUUCCCACUUUCUGUUAAACAAAUACAGAUGAGGCUGACACUCUGAUCCAGAAACUCAUUUUAAGUUGUGAAGGCUGUGGGGAUGCAAUUUCUCUUCGUAGAAGGCUGCAUUUUGGAGGUGCUGUGUGCUAUGCGAUGGUUGAAAAAUGAACUGGAAAUGCCAGUAGAGUACACAUAUUCUUCUGCUAAACAAAAUCAUACGAAAAAAUAACCUAACAGCAGGACACCCUUCCUUAGGGUCUAGCUAGAUGCAUUUUCUUUGACUUUGCCAUGCUUUGAUGAGUGGAUCAGUGUGGUUUCCCAUGCAUUCCAGCUAUUUAAUUUGUAAGAUACUACAUAUUGUGUCAAAGGAAACUUCGACCUGUAUAUACAUUGCUUUUUAUUGUCUUUCAUAUCCUUCUACUGGAAAUAGUCCGACUGUCUCCUGAGAGCCGCCAGUCUGUUGCUAACAUCCAGUGGGGACCUGAAGCCACUUCAGCUUCUCUUGGCAAAAAGCAGCAGGGAUCUACUGCUGGGAUUUGUCUUUAGGAGCAGGAGGCACUGGGGAUGAGGACUAGCAGUUGUUGGAGAGAAACCUGCCAUGCUAUUCAGCACCUGCUUUUUAUCUCAGUAUCACCUACUUAUUCCCUUUUUGUACUUAAUAUUUUAAUGGCUGUUAAUAAGGAAGAAAUGAAGCAAGUAACCCUUUCAUUACCUCUAUUAAAAAUUAGACUAAAUUAUGCAAACAUCAUGCAAAUACUUAUGUAAGGGGGGAAAAAAAGGAUACAGAGUUAUACUGUGUGGUGGCAACAACAUGAAAAAUAAGCACUUCAUAACACAAACUGGAAAGGAAUAUGGAAAAGUCAAAACAGUUGUGCCAACAUGGUGGCACUAUUCAUGCUUUUUGUCUGGUUUUCUGAAAUAAGUAUAAAGAACAUACUGCAGACAGAAUGUGUGAUAUGAAUCUGCUUGUGUAAAAAACAGACAAGCCUUGCAACUCAUGAGAAACCUCGUUUGAGUUCACAAGAAACCCAACAGUGUCUCCUUUGGGGAGAGGAGUGGGUCACCUUUCUAGUCCUCUUAGAAUUUUGUCUGAAUUAAAAAGAACAAACAAUAAAACAAUUAAAAACAACAACAAUACUCUACUGGCAUUUCCAGUUCAUUUUUCAACCAUCGCAUAAAACAUCAAAAACUAAGGACAGACUUAAGACAGAAAGAAAAGAUGUCAUCCAAACAAGUGCUGAAAGUUUGGGUUACCUCAGACAUUUGUACCUAAGGCAUUUGUCUGUUGCAGCAGUUGCCCUAAGACUGGCAGUUGGACUGUGUUUUAAACAUCAGCCAUUGACAAGGAAAUAGCCUUAUGUUGCUACAUCAGAGCCCCACUGGGAUGUGGUGGGUGAGGUGGGGCUGGGCUCCAGCGAAGGCGAGAUUGCGUUUGUGCCUCCAAAAGGUUCAUCUGACUAACCAGUAUCCUCACCAUUAAAUACUUUUAAUUUAAAAUGUAACUAUUUUUACUGCUUGAGAUCCAGAACCAUACUGCUUUUAAUAGCAAGAUUUGGAAACAAGUUCUAAAAUCCCAGAAUGCCUAGAAAUAAGAUCGUAUUUCCUGUGGGGAGCUGAGAAAAUGCAGGGACUCGAGGAAGGGACCUUGCCUGAUGGCGCAGGUUCCUAACCAAGGAAGGGAGCUCACCUGAACGGUACAAGCCGAAGGUGGGCUUCUGGUCAGGAUAAAAGCCUGCCUGUACGGUGCAAAACCGAGGGCAGGCCUCAGAUGACACGGCUCUCCUGUUGAUGUUGAUGGGGAAGAAUUGGGGCUUUCCCGGGAAAACAAUUUCCACGUUUGCGCGGGAGAACAUGGAUUGUUCCCCAGGUGACCUAGUCUUUCCUGUUGUUUUACUUAUUAUUCAGUUUUUCCUCAGUCUUUCCUGUUAUUUGCUUACUAUUCUUAUUUUACAUUCUUAUUCUCCUGUGGUGCUUUGUGAUUUAACAAAAUUACAACAAUAAUAUAAAAAUUUCAUCCUGAUGGACCUUCUCCUAUUCAAAUCCAAUUUAAUUAAAAACGUAGUGUUUAUUUACUAACUGGUUAUACUGUAAGCUUUAGACGUUGGAAUGUAAUACAGACUUAGAUAAAGUUAGACUUACAUUGUUCAUAGUCAAAGAAACCUAGCUAUGAGAGUUGCCCUUGAUUUUAGAAACUUUUAAGUGACAGCUAACUGAAGUUGGUUUUCUCAUACUGUCCUCCUGCCAUGACGCUUUGGGGAUAAGCACUAAUCUAAAAACAAGACUUGUGAAUGCCACAUCCUUAUGUCUGUAGCCUUUUGGGAAACAUGACCUGGGAGUUAAUUUUUAGAACUUGACCUUCAGGUGUACUUUUAAUAUUGUGAUGUAAUUGAAAACUGUCUUAUAAAACAAUCAUCUAUGCCAAUAAAAUUUGAGCAGUUCAGCACCCUGAAAGAAGGGACAAA